AUGGCCAAACCACCCGCCCCUGGCUCAGUGAUUGUCCCCGACUGGCACGAGAGCGCCGAGGGCAAGGAGUGCCUGACCUGCAUCCUGCGCAGGAACCGCCGCCGGGUGUUUGGGCUGCUCGAGCGACCGGCGCUGCCCCCCACCAUGGCCAUUGACACGGCCAGCUACAAGAUCUUCCUGUCCGGGAAGAGUGGUGUGGGCAAGACGGCGCUGGUGGCCAAGCUCGCCGGCCUGGAGGUGCCCGUGGUACACCAUGAGACCACUGGCAUCCAGACCACCGUGGUGUUUUGGCCGGCCAAGCUGCAGGUCAGCGAGCGUGUCGUCAUGUUCCGCUUUGAGUUCUGGGACUGCGGGGAGUCUGCGCUCAGAAAGUUUGACCACAUGCUGCCGGCCUGCCAGGAGAAGACGGACGCCUUCCUCUUCCUCUUCUCUUUCACCGACCGAGCCUCUUUCGAAGACCUCCCUGGACAGAUGACCCGCGUAGCCGGCGAGGCCCCUGGUGUCGUCAGGAUGGUCGUUGGCUCCAAGUUUGACCAGUACAUGCACACGGACGUGCCUGAGCGUGACCUCACAGCCUUCCGGCAGGCCUGGGAACUGCCCCUCCUGCGGGUGAAGAGUGUGCCUGGGCGGCGGCUGGCCGAUGGGCGCACACUGGAUGGGCGGGCGGGGCUGGCUGACAUUGCCCAUGUGCUCAACGCCCUGGCGGAGCAGCUGUGGCACCAGGACCAGGUGGCAGCUGGCCUGAUCCCCAGCCCUACAGAGAAUGCCCCCGGCUGA